AUGAGUGUGCUGGCGGCCAACCUCAAAAUAAUGGGUGGGUUCCUCGCAGAGCGUACCCUGCUGCUGAUUUUGGCAGGGGUCCUGGCCACAAUGAUCCUGACCCAGCCCUGCGAGGGCAGUGUCCCAGAGAACCAGAUGAAUCUCAUGAAUGUGCCAGGUACUUCGGCCGAUCCCUGCGAUGGAUGGAAACCAAGUGAGGUGGAGAAUCAGAAUGAGGACCAUGGCCAUGACAAGGAUGAGGUUUGCAGUAACGAGUACCGAACCUUCUCUGGUAGAUGCAAUCACAAUGUGUCAAAAUGGUGGGGUUCUGCCAACCAGGCCUUCGUCCGUUGGCUGCCGGCCGAGUAUGAGGAUGGGAAGGGCCUCCCCUUAGGCUGGACACCAGGAAAGAAGCACAAUGAUUUCUUUCUUCCUCCAGUCCGGGAGAUCUCCAACAAGAUCGUGCGUUUCUCCAGGGAUCUGCUGACUGCCGACACAUUCAGAACACUCAUGUUCGUCUAUUGGUGGGAAUUCAUCAAGCAUGACUUGAUCUCUUCCCCUGAAUCUGAUAGUGAAGAGGAUAACACACAUGACACAUCACAUGGAUAUGAUCACAUAACAAAUCCUGACUGUGACGAGACCUGUGACAAGAAACCGCCCUGCUUCCCCAUCGAUGCUUCUUAUUCCACUGAGAGCAACCAAAAGCGUGAGCAGAUAAGUUUGCCCACUUCUUUCCUGGAUGCCAGCAUGGUAUACGGCAGCGACCUUUUCACAGCCCGAAGGCUGCGCAAUCUCACAAAUCAAGACGGGCUGCUAGCCACUAACCAGCAGUUCACUGACCAGGGCCGAGCACUGCUGCCCUUUGACAAUGUGAUCCCCGACCCCUGCCAGCUCACCAACCGUUCUGCCAACAUCCCCUGCUUCCUGGCAGGUGAUAACCGAGUCAGUCAAUCUCUGGAGUUGAUGGCCUUCCACACCCUGUUUCUGCGAGAGCACAACCGGCUGGCUAAGGAGCUAAAGCUCCUGAACCCCCAUUGGGAUGGGCCGAAGCUGUACAAUGAGGCUCGAAAGAGUGGAGCCAUAAUCCAGGUCAUCACCUUCAACGAAUCCUGCCCUUGGCUUUUGGGUCCAGAACACUAUGAGAAUUACUUUAAAAACUACCGUGGCUACUGCCACAAGGAGGACCCACGGAUUGCCAAUGUCUUCACCAUGACCUCUCUCUGGACCCACACUAUGAUGCAGCCCUUCGUACUGCGCGUGGACAGCGAAUACCGUUCCCCUGGUCCCACCGCAAAGGUGCCCCUGAAUGAUGCUGUCUUUGCCACCUGGCGUGUGGUGCAUGAGGGUGGCAUUGACCCCAUCCUCAGAGGCCUGCAAGCCACACCUGCCAAGAAGAACCAGCAGUGGGCCUUGGUGGUGGACGAGCUUCUGGACGGGCUCUAUAAGAAAGUAUACAGGGUCGGGCUUGACUUUGGCCUUCCAACAAUUCUGCAGCAAGGCCGGGACCAUGGCAUCCCAGGGUACAAUGCGUGGAGGCGCUACUGCGGCCUCUCUGAGCCCAAGACCCUGGUUGAGCUUGGCAUGGUGCUGAAAAGGCCCAAUCUUGCAAGAAAGCUUAUGGAUGUCUACGGGACGCCUGACAACAUUGACCUGUGGAUCGGGGCCAUUGCCGAGCCUGCUGUUGAAGGGGGGCCAUAUUCCUUCAUUAUCUCCCCAAUCCCUGGGAUCUGGUGCCUAGAGGCUCCUUGUGGAGACCUGGGGUUAACCUGCCUGGAACAGGGCCUGGUUGGAGAGGCUAGAACCAAGAGGCAGAGAGGACUGCAGCCAGAAGCCACUUGCAGUUAG